UCGUAGGGAGACCUCAUCCUAAUUGAAACAGAACUCUGCUACUGCCUACUGCUUGGGCUCCUUCCUAAAAUUAUAACUCUGAUAUCUAUAUCUAUCUUGCCUACAAAUUAUAACUCUCGUUCCCCAAUUUUGUGUGUGACGUUGAGAAGUGCCGACCGGCGACGACGAAAGGCCGGCGGAGAGAGAUCCCCUCACCACCAUGGGGAUGCUGGAUCUGAUGCGCCUCAUGUCCAUCCAGCGCCAGCGGGACCAGGAGCGCCGCCGCCGCCAAGCCCAAGCUCCCCCCCAUGGAUUGAUUGCUUUACGGGCUAAAAGAAAGGGCUCACCCUGCCAACAAGACGGCGAUUCUCAGGGUGCUGCUGACAUAGAGAUACCAAGCCUUCCAGAGGACAUCUGGCGUCUUAUACAUUCCUUGAUGCCAAUGCGGGAUGCUGCCCGAGCUGCCUGUGUGUCUCAUUCCUUUCUAAGUUCCUGGAGAUGCCACCCCAACCUCAAUUUCAGUAGUGAAGCAUUGGGGUUGAGCAAAAAUGCAUAUGGAAACGAAGAAUUGGCUGGACUUUUCUACAGCAAAGUCAACCACAUUCUCAAAAGGCACUCAGGCAUCGGCGUGAAAAAACUGACGAUUAAGGUAUAUUCAGAUUAUAGUGGGAAGGGCUCUUCAUAUCUCAACAAUUGGCUUCAGAUUGCUGUUAAACCAGGGAUUGAAGAACUCAUAAUUGCACUGACCCAGUUCCAGGCAAAGUACAAUUUCCCAUGCUCUCUUCUGUCGAAUGGGAGUGGAGACUCAAUCCAAUAUCUUCACCUUUCUAACUGUUCCUUCCACCCAACAGUCACACUUAGUGGCUUAAGAAGUCUGACGAGAUUGUAUCUUUGUCGUGUGCGUAUUACCGAGAACGAGUUAGGCUGCCUUCUUUCCCAUUCUCUUGCAUUGGAGCAGUUGGAAAUCAGGUACUGCAAUAGGAUAGUUUGCCUGAAGGUACCUUGCCUACUGCAACGGCUCAUCUCCCUGAAGGUGUUUGGGUGUGACAAGUUGAAACUGAUAGAAAAUGAAGCUCCUAAUGUCUCCAUGUUUGCAUUUCAAGGGGACAAAACGGAACUGAAACUUGGAGAAACUUUGCAAAUAAAGAGCCUAUGCAUGGUCCGCUCUGGUUAUGUUUAUCAUGCUCGUGCUGAACUUCCAUCCAUCAUGCCAAAUCUUGAAUCUCUUGCCCUAAAGUCAUGCAAAGAGACGGCCUUUGCACCGAAGCUGUGUAGCAAAUUCCUCUGCCUCAGGCACUUGAGCAUUGGCCUUAUUGGAUUUUUCCCAGCCUAUGACUAUUUAUCCCUGGCUUCUUAUAUUUAUGCUGCACCUUCUCUGGAGACUUUUGACUUGAAUGUAAUGCAGCGGAACGUGCAGAGUGUUUCAAUUUUUGCACAUCCUGCAGAUCUGAGAUCAAUACGAGAAGAGAAGCAUCACAACCUUAAGAGUGUGACGGUUACAUCAUUCAUCUCUGUAAAGAGCUUGGUUGAGCUGACAUGCCAUAUCCUUGAGAGUACAGCUUCACUCGAGUGCUUGACAUUGGAUGCUUCUCAGACUGGUUUUAGGUGUGAUACUCCAGGCAGCAAAAUCAGCAAAUGCCCCCCACUAGAUAGGGACAUUAUCAUGGAAGGUCACAGAGGGGUCUUGGCUAUCAGAAGAUACAUCCAGCCUAGGGUACCUUCCACAGUGAAGCUGACUGUUUUGGAGCCCUGCAGCUGCCAUUCCACUGAACUUUAGAUGUCAUGUUUAUCUUAGUUAUUCGAUGUUUAAUCGUGCUGCUGCUGAUGAUGAUUCUGUAGAUUCUUAGAUGGGUCAUGGUUUCUAAAGUUUGCUCUUAAUGAUUACUACUAGUUGAUAUCAUAACCAAUGCACAUGAUAUCCACUAGUAACUCUAGUUUCCACCUAGCAGCAGUGUUGUAUGCACAUUAAAAAGUUCUUACUAGCAGAAGUUCUCGAACGUUUGAUUUACCUACUUGUGGCCUUGUGGGUUAUAAAAAGCUAAACAUUAGAGUUUGUAACAAAUUUUAGUGUGUAGCCUUUAAUUUCUUUUCACCUAUAUAUGCAUCGGUUUCUUAUAA